AACCCCAGUGGCGCGUGGGAGCGAGCGGCGCGAAUGUCACAGCCCGUCUCCCCGAUGCGGGCAGCGGAAAGACAUGACGCCAGACUCGGGAGACGCGGAGAGCACGGGGGGGGGGACUUGACAGCCGGGAGCGGACACCUUACCGGGAGUUUUCCGGUGGCCGGUGAUCACCGCCUCGCCGCUCACUGGAUGCAGCCAGGUCGUACUCUUGGCUUCUUCGCUGUAGAGAGAAGAGACGCGCAGUCGUUAUUACACCGCCACUUGGUUCGCAGCGCAAACGGGCACAGUCUCACGCAGACACUGAACAACAACGUUUCAACACUGGGCGCAGAGCAAGAUGAUGAAGAGCUGGAGUCCAGCUUCCAGGAGGGAGGACCUCCAGAAGCUGUUCCAGGGCUACGCCUCGGGUCGGCCCGCUCUGCCCGCCCGCGCCCUCCUCCGCUUCCUGCACCAGGAGCAGAUGGAGCUGGAAGCGACCGAGGAGACGGCAGAGAGGCUGAUCGGCACCUAUGAGGUUGAAGAGGCAGCCAGAGGCAGCGGCUCCAUGACGUUCGACGGCUUCCUCAGGUACAUGGAGUCCAGGGAGGGCUGCGUGUUCAACCGGGCCCACGCGUGUGUGUACCAGGACAUGGAGCAGCCGCUCAGCAGCUACUUCAUCUCCUCGUCCCACAACACCUACCUGACCGGAGAUCAGCUGGUGGGAGAGAGCCACCUGGACGCCUACGUGUACGCUCUGAGGAAAGGCUGUCGCUGUCUGGAGAUUGACUGCUGGGACGGGCCAGACAUGGAGCCUGUGGUCUACCACGGCUACACCCUGACCACCAAAAUCCGCUUCAGAGACGUCGUUGCCACCGUGGAGCAGCACGCCUUCCAGACCUCUGCUUACCCGGUGAUCCUGUCUCUGGAGAACCACUGCUCGGAGGAGCAGCAGGAGGUCAUGGCCCAGCACCUGAUCUCCAUCCUGGGGAACAAGCUGCUGAGCGCCCCCCUGCCUCAGGCGGCCGCUGGAGGCCUCCCGAGCCCCAACGACCUGAAGUAUAAGGUUCUUAUCAAGAAUAAAAAGCUAAAGCCUCAGAUCAGGGCGGAGGAAGCAGCAGGGACAGAGGCAGAGGAGAGUGUAAAUGAGGGAGAGGAUGAGGAUGAGGAGGAAGACGACGACGCGGAUCACGAUAAAACCACAGCAAAGUGUUGCUUGCUCAAAAAGUCCGAGAGCAAGAAGCGAAGGAAGGUGCAGGUGGCGCCGGUUCUGUCGGACCUGGUCAUCUACACCAGCUCCGUCAAGUUCGUCAGCUUCAGCCACGCUAAACAACACCAGAGCCACUGUGAGAACUCGUCUGUGGCGGAGAAGAAGGCUCGCAGGCUGCUCCGGGCCUCGGGCGCAGACUUCGUCCAACACAACCAGAGGUUCCUCAGCAGGAUUUACCCAGCGGGCUCCAGGACGUCCUCGUCCAACUACAACCCUCAGGAGUUCUGGAACGUGGGCGCGCAGCUCGUGGCUCUGAACUUCCAGUCCCUGGGUUUGCCGAUGGACCUCAAUCACGGCCGUUUCCAGGACAACGGGGGGUGUGGCUACGUCCUGAAGCCGCCGGUGCUCAGGUCCAGUCGAAGCUUUGAUCCCGGUUGCAGCAAACACAGCCACAAACCCACGAACCUGCUGCUCAAGACUACGUGUCCCCUGUGUCUGUGCCCGAAGGUGAUCAGCGCCUCCAACCUGCCCGUCCCCAGAGGCGGCAAAGCGCUGGACCCCCUGGUCAGGGUGGAGAUCCACGGCACCGCGUCCGACUCCCAGAGGAGAAGCACGCACGCCGUCAAAAGCAACUCGCUGAGUCCUCACUGGGACGUCAACAUGGACUUCAGCCUCAGGGUCCCUGAGCUGAGCCUCGUCCGCUUCUGCGUGCGCGAUCAGACGGGCCUGUUCAGCAGCGACUUCGUGGGCCAGUACACGCUGCCCUUCAGCAGCCUGAAGAAAGGCUACCGCUGGGUGCCGCUCCUGUCCAGAGACGGAUGCAGCCUGGAUCCAGCCUCCCUCUUCGUCUUUGUGUGGCAUUCCUAAAAAAUAAAAAAUGAAAAACGCAGCCGAUGCAGAACCGCCACCGACAAAUAUAACAAUAAAUCCAACUCUCCACUUC